AUGACUUCUCUGCUAUCCUCUUCGUCUAUUACUUUUCCAAUAAAAACAAAUCAAACUGCACGCAUAAUAAAUGACGUACACACCGAAGUAUUAGUAACCGGGUUUAAUGACCGUAUUUUUGUAAUACUAACUCAAUACGGAAAAGUCGGGAGUUUGUUACGCACUACUCUAGAUUCCCCCUUACCAACCACCUUUCACUCGGAUGCCUCCUCGUCAACUACGGAAUCAUUACCUUUAACAACAACAAACUUUUUAUUAGGUUCUUAUUCACUAAAAUACCAAGUUUAUGCAUCACUCAUUACUUCAUUGAUUGCACAAGACAAUCCAAAAGAGACACGAGAGAUUAUUGUUGGAUUGGCGUUGUUAAAAACGCAGAACAAGAUUAAAAAAUCAUCUCCAAAUGAUCAUACCAUAAAUUUGAAUAAUGAUGGUGGCGACGAUGACGAUGAUACUACAAUUGAUAAAGAACUCUUUCACGAGGUUUCUGCUAUGAUUCGAGAAUGUCGCGUUUGGUGA